AUGAUACCGACAAAAAGAAAUUACUGGAACGAAACUUGGAUGGUGAUGGAUGUCAACAGAUUUCCGGUGAUUCAUAGUUGGACGAUGCUGGUCGAUGGAAGGGCUUAUGAGGUCGCGAUUGGCGUCGCGUUGUUGCAGCGGGGAUGCAAAUCGGAGGGAGGCGGAUCUGGUGGGUAUGUGCGACCGGGUGAGCUCACGGUUGGGCUGAGCACGACGAGCUGGGUCAUCGUUGGAGGGAGCUUCGCGUUGUUUUCAUUGAAAUCUCGCGGCGGGAUAUACACUGAGAGGGGAAGAUCUCAGAGUUGUGUUGCGGGUGGUUUGAGGCGGCUGUUGUUUCUACUGGUUACCUAUCUUACCACUAAACUACACGAAGGAAACGUCUCUGCUGCGAGAAAUGUUGGUGUCUGGAAAGGAACUUGUUAUCUUACACCUCUCAUUGGAGCUGUUCUUGCUGAUAGUUACUGGGGAAGAUACUGGACAAUUGUUGUUUUCUCUAUGAUUUAUUUCCUUGGGAUGUCCAUCUUGACUAUUUCUGCAUCUGUUCCAUCAUUGAAGCCAAUCAAGUGUGUAGAUUCGGUGUGCCCUCCUGCUAGUCCUUUGCAAUAUUAUUUAUUCUACUUUGGUCUCUAUGUAGUUGCACUUGGGACCGGUGGUGUAAAAUCAUGUGUGUCGCCUUUUGGGGCAGAUCAGUUUGAUGAAACUGAUUCUGUGGGAAGUAUCAAGAAGGCUUCCUUUUUCAACUGGUAUUACUUUUCCAUCAUGAUAGGCGCCAUUGUGUCAUGCACCUUCAUUGUGUGGGUUCAAGAUAAUUUAGGAUGGGGUCUUGGAUUUGGCAUUCCGGCUUUAUUCAUGGGGUUAUCCGUUGGAAGUUUCUUUUUAGGUACCUCUCUAUACAGGUUUCAAAAACCAAAGGGUAGUCCUCUUACAGGUAUGUUCCAGGUUUUGUUAGCAUCUGUCCGAAAGCGGAAUUUGGUUGUGCCGGAGGAUAGUAGUCUCCUGUAUGAGACGCCUGACAAGCAAUCAGGAGUUGAAGGAAGUCGCAAACUGAUGCAUCAUGAUGAUCUGAGGUAUUUUGAUAGAGCAGCUGUAGUGUCUGACUCAGAGAACAGAAGCGGUGAAUAUUCUAAUCCAUGGAGGCUUUGCACCGUGACACAAGUGGAAGAAUUGAAAAUCUUGAUUCGCAUGCUUCCAAUCUGGGCUACUGGCAUAAUAUUUUCUGCUGUCUACGCUCAGAUGUCAACAUUGUUUGUGGAGCAAGGAACUAUGAUAAACACAUAUAUUGGUUCCUUCAAAUUAUUGUAUCAGAGAGUUAUUAGUAAAAACUGA